GCCCCGCCCGCUUCUCGCUCUCUCUCUCUCGCCUCACCGUCUCUAGCAGGAGGAGCGGUGUGCAAGCGCCGGGCCGGAGUGGGCAGAGGCGGCCAUUCGCCCUCCGCGACUGUGAACGCAGCCAUUCCCUUGCCUGUAUCUCUCCCCCUCCAUUCCCAUUCAGUCACACAGGCGCCGGCACCUCAUACGUCACAGGAAGCGAUGCCCUCGGCGACCACCAGCAGCAACGCGAUGGCGAGCAAAGCGGUGAGCGACGUCGCGGCGGCGGCGGCAGCAACGGCGGCGGCGGCCACUUCGGGCGGAACGAAUUCUGUGCAGACCGAGGCCAUGAAGCAAAUCCUGGGCGUCAUCGAUAAGAAGCUACGGAACCUGGAGAAGAAGAAGGGCAAACUUGAUGAUUAUCAAGAUCGAAUGAAUAAGGGAGAACGCCUUAAUCAAGAUCAAUUGGAUGCAGUGUCCAAGCACCAAGAAGUCAGCAAUAACCUUGAGUUUGCAAAGGAAUUACAGAGGAGUUUCAUGGCUUUGAGUCAGGAUAUACAAAAAACCAUAAAGAAGACAGCUCGACGGGAACAACUAAUGAGAGAAGAAGCUGAACAAAAACGUUUAAAAACAGUACUUGAAUUGCAGUUUAUUUUGGACAAGUUGGGUGAUGACGAAGUACGGAGUGAUCUAAAACAAGGAACAAAUGGAGUACCAGUAUUAACGGAAGGAGAACUUUCAACACUAGAUGAAUUUUACAAGCUGGUUGACCCCGAACGGGACAUGAAUGUGAGGUUGAGUGAACAAUAUGAACAAGCAUCAAUCCACUUGUGGGACUUAUUGGAAGGGAAGGAAAAAACUGUAUGUGGAACCACCUAUAAAGCCCUAAGAGAACUUAUUGAACGCAUUCUUCAAACAAGUUACUUUGACAGUACUCACAACCAUCAGAAUGGAUUGUGUGAAGAGGAAGAGACAGCACCUACACCUGCAGUUGAAGAUCCUGUUGCAGAAGCUGAGCCAGAGACAACAGAAGAAUACACUGAACUCAGUGAAGUCGAAUCAACAGAGUAUGUUAACAGACAGUUCAUGGCAGAGACUCAGUUCAGCAGUAGUGAGAAGGAACAGGUAGAUGAGUGGACAGUUGAAACUGUUGAGGUGGUAAAUUCCUUGCAGCAGCAACCACAAGCUACAUCGCCUCCAGUUCCAGAUGCCCAUACGCUUCCUGCUGUGACUCAAGCAGAUCCUCUCGUUAGGAGACAACGAGUACAAGACCUUAUGGCACAAAUGCAAGGACCCUACAACUUCAUGCAGGAUUCUAUGCUGGAAUUUGAGAACCAGGCAAUUGAUCCUGCCAUUGUUUCAGCCCAGCCUAUGAAUCCAGCACAGAAUUUGGACAUGCCACAAAUGGUUUGUUCUCCAGUUCAUACUGAAUCCAGACUUGCACAACCCACCCAGGUUCCUGUACAAACUGAAGCUGCGCAGGUCCCCUUGGUUUCUUCCACAAGUGAGGGAUAUACAGCAUCCCAGCCCCUGUAUCAGCCUUCUCAUUCAACAGAGCAGCGGCCUCAGAAAGAAUCAGACCAGAUUCAGGCUUCAAUAACUCUAAAUGCAGAUCAGACCCCAACAUCAUCACCGUUACCAGCUGCAUCUCAGCCUCAGGUCUUUCAGGCUGCCUCUAGCAAACCUUUGCAUAGCAGCGGAAUCAAUGUUAAUGCAGCUCCAUUCCAGUCCAUGCAGACAGUAUUUAACAUGAAUGCGCCUGUCCCCCCUGUCAAUGAACCAGAAACCCUCAAGCAACAAAAUCAGUACCAGACCAGUUACAGUCAGACUUUCUCCAAUCAGCCCCACCAAGCAGAGCAAUCAGACCUUCAGCAAGAACAGCAGCUACAGACAGUGGUUGGCACCUACCAUGGUUCCCCGGACCAGUCCCACCAAGUGGCAGGUAACCACCAACAGCCUCCACAACAGAAUACUGGGUUCCCACGUAACAGUCAGCCUUAUUAUAACAGCCGAGGAGUGUCUCGUGGUGGAUCACGCGGCACUCGAGGCUUAAUGAAUGGAUACAGGGGACCAGCCAAUGGGUUUAGAGGAGGAUAUGAUGGCUACCGCCCUUCAUUUUCCAACACUCCAAACAGUGGUUACGCACAGGCACAAUUUAAUGCUCCUCGGGAUUAUUCCAAUUACCAGCGGGAUGGAUAUCAACAGAAUUUCAAGCGUGGCUCCGGACAAAGUGGUCCUCGAGGAGCCCCUCGAGGUCGUGGAGGGCCCCCAAGACCCAACAGAGGGAUGCCUCAAAUGAAUGCUCAGCAAGUGAAUUAAUCUAAUUCACAGGAUUACAUUUUAACGCCAAAAACACACUGGCCAGUGUACUAUACAUGUUACCAGAAGAGUUAUCUCUUUCUUCUCCUUUAUAGGAAAUUCAUAGUAAAGGGAUUAUUUUCAUUGCCCAUAAAAGACAAGACUACAGUUGUCAGCUUUAUAUUUCCGGGAUGUGGAAAGAAACGGCGUUUACUCUGCAUGUUCUCUCCUAAGCGUCAUCUUGAGCCUUGCACAUGCGACUCAGAUUUUUUUUUACCCUAGCUCUGAUUAAAUGCAAAAAUUGCAGUUUCAGGAUGACGUCAUACUGCAUAGCUCAUUGAACAGGCAGAAGUAAUCUGACUGACUCCAUUGACAUUAUAUAGCACUGCAGCAAAUUUGGAUUUUUAAAAAACCUGUAAAUCCCUAAAUGUUUUACUCAGACAAUUGGUAUAGUUACGCUUCUACAGAAAGGAAAACGGAAAGAGCGAAGUGUGGUUUAACAGGGCAACUACAUUUCACCUUUUUCUGUUAGACUGAAGCACUGAACAUUUAUAAUGCAUAACCGAUGUCUAUAAUCUUCUAACUGAAUAAGAAGCUGAUGAACAGCUUCGGUGCACCUCUGAUUCCAAAGUAUUCCUGUUAGGCCUGACUUUCUGUUGCAAAAGGGUGCGCUGAUGGUUUAAUGUAACUGUUAGUAUAAUUGUGUAAAUCCAAAAUUAGGCUCUGAUUGGCACUUUAAAUUUUUCUGUAAAGAAAUGGAGGAUGCAAUCUUGAUGGCCACUUGUGUUUUCAAUGUGAAGUGUUAAAAGAAUUCUCUCCCAAACACAUUUCCUGGAUAGCAAUGACAUUUGUAAGGACUGGUGUUCUGUAUCUAUCCUUACUAAUUGCACAUUGCCUUUCACUAAUACUUGAUCUUGUUAUAUUAUCACCUAAAUAAUUGAUGCUGGUACUGAUGGAAAUUAAUAUUCAUAUUACUUUUGGUUAUUUUUUUUUCCUGCAGUCUAAAGGUUAUAAGCAUUUUCAAAGCCCAGCUGUUGCUGCUGCUGCCCUUUUAAAUUGCUCUCUUUUGAAAAGCACCGGCAAUGUUUGAAUUGGUUUCCCCUUUUAAGGGAAAUUGCAGCCAGCAGUUACAGAUCUAAGCAAGAUAAAUAAAACAUGUUUAUUACAAAAACAAAA